AUGAAGGCUGAUAGCAACCAGUCGUCGAUAACGUAUUUCACCAUCGCUGGGAUCUCCGGUUCCUCUGCGUUUCAGGCUCCCAUCUUCGCUUUAGCUUUGCUGGUCUACGUAUUCGUUUUUGCCGGGAACGUUACAAUCGCGCUGCUGGUCUUCCUGGACGCUCACCUGCGCAGUCCCAUGUACUCCUUCCUGUGCAGUCUGUCGUUGCUGGAUAUUUGCUACGUCACCGUCGCUCUGCACAAGGUCCUGGACACCUUCGUUUCCGGGGAUAACAGCGUCUCGCUCCCCGUCUGCCUGACGCAGAUGUAUUUUUACAUGGCCUUUGGCGGCUCCGAGUUGAUGCUUCUUACCGCUAUGAGUUACGAUCGCUAUCUGGCCGUCUGUCUUCCAUUGCAUUAUCGAAUGAUCAUGCAUCCUCAUCUCUGCGCCUUCCUCAUCACCCUCUCUUGGUUUCUUGGACUCGCGCAAGCUCUCCCUUUCUUAUUUCUAGCUCUCCGAAUUACUUGCUUUAUCUCCAAGGAGAUCAACCACUUCUUCUGCGAGAUGCUGGCCUUCAUGAAGCUUUCAUGCAGCGGAACCUCAUUUCUGGAACUGAUCAUCCAUGUCGAGUCAAUAUUUACGGGUUUCGCUCCUUUCAUCCUCACCUUCCUCUCUUACAUGUUCAUCGUUCGUUCCAUACUCAGAAUCCGUUCCACCUCCGGGAGGUUCAAGGCCUUCUACACAUGUUCCUCUCAUCUCACUGUGGUCAUUCUCUUCUACUUGACUCUCUUCUGUUUGUACCUCCGACCCGUCUCUGCGUCCUCUCUGGAAGGAGAUAAGCUUUCAUCUCUCUUGUACACCGUGGUCGUCCCCGUUUUAAACCCGCUGAUAUACAGCUUGAGGAAUAAGGACGUGAAGACCGCGUGGAAGAGAACAUUUAAAUGGGUUCAGCUGGUCUGUUGA